CCUGCCAGACCCUCUCAAGGCGCUUCUCCACUGAGUUCACAUCAUCAUCGUACCGUUCUAGGGGCUGAGCUUCUCUCACUUUCCUUCACACGGCCGCCUCUACACCCCAACCCUCUAUAGACACUCUGUGGUACAUCAGACCCACAGACAGACGUGUCUAUCACGGUUACAACCCUGAAUCACCUUCAUUAGGCAUUGAGACCAGCGUGAAAACUGUGUCAUCUCUGGGUUCAUUCGAGAGAGAGAGAGAGAGAGAGAGAGAGAGAGAGAGAGAGAGAGAGAGAGAGAGAGAGAGAGAGAGAGAGAGAGAGAGAGAAGGAGCGAGCGAUGCAGGACUGCGAAGGCACCCCGCAGCAUGUGUACAUGGUGGACACCCAUGCAAACUAUCCCCCGGUGCCCCGGCGGUCCGUCCUGUCGAAGCCACUGCCCCCGCCGCCGUCCCAGGGCGCCCGGUCGUGCCAGGUGCUGGUCGUCAUGCUGUUGUUCCUGAUGAUCAGCAGCUCGGCCAUACAGGCCGUGUUCCUGUAUCGUCUUUACUACCCCACCGCAGACGCUGACUCCCCAUCUGCCUCCAAGUUGACUGAUGACAUUGGAUGUGCUUCUCCUCCCACUAAAGCCCCUCCUAAGCUUUCCAAGCCUAUGGCCCAUCUGACAGGCAAUGGAUACAACAUUCGUCCCGGUAAAGAGGCCCUGUCUUGGACCACAGUAGGCGACAUAGUCCUUCGUGAGAUGAAGUACAGGGACGGGGAACUCUUUGUGAAAAAUGCAGGGUUUUAUUUUGUCUAUUCCAAGGUCUUUUUCGCGGAGAGUGCUUUAUUUGAUCACAUCGUGCUUCUUAAGACUCCCACAUACCAGCUCAGGCCCAUUGAAAUACUGAAGGCUAGGAAGAUUUCCCUGCACUCUCAACCAACGGUGAAAUCAAACAGCUACCUUGGGGGCGUGUUUCACUUGAAGAAAGGGGAUUGUAUUUUCGUGAAUACCACGUCCAAAAUCAUACACUCCAUUCCCAGCGAAAACUUCUUUGGCGCAUUCAUGUUAUAGGUACACCAGUGCGAUGAAGAACUUCAAUGUUGAGCCCCCAGAGUCGCUGUGGUAUUGGUGGCUGCCUGCCAAUAACCCGCUUACAUAAAUUACAACCCUGCCAGUGGCAUGGUCGGUUUUAUGAACUUUGGAAAAGUUCAUUUAAAGGUUCAUUUUCUCACUGCACUUUCUUUGCUUUGACCAGUUUUAUAAAAAGCUGGAUAUUUUUAUUGUUGUUGAUUCACCAAUUGGCCUAAAUCAUUGUGUUGUUUUAUCUUGUAAAUAUAUGUGAAGAUAUUUAUGUAAAUCAACCGAUUCGGGAUCUAAUGUUGUGCUUUAAAAUCGCCUGCCUCACUUAUAUAUUUUCAGGAACACAGUGUUAAGAUUGGGCGAAAGAACGUGCAUCUAGAAUGAUGGAUGGGGUUAGUUCAUGAUCAUUGAUCACUCGUCUGUCUUGGGACAAUAAUCAAUCGAUCCAACAAACAAAUCUAUUUGAGAUUCACUGACACAUCGAUUCAUGAACUAUACAUUGUAAAUGUUAACAUAGGCUUACGCUAGUUCCACAUUUUUCUUCCCGUUUUAUAUCAAAUGAUAACCGACUUAUUUUCAUAUUUAUCUUUUAGAAUGUCUAGGCCUACCUGUAUUUGUAUAAAAUCAUAAAAUCAAUAAAACCCGUUUCCA